AUGGCCACCGCCGCAGUCCUCAGCCCGCACGACGUCCGCACGACUCUCAACUACUACAUCCCGAUCGGCUCCGAGGACCCGUACCAGUAUGUGCAGGAGCCGCCCGCAGACAAGCCUUCGCACAACCUUGGCACCGACCCGCACCCGGUCACCGUUCGUGACGCACGCGGACGCGAGGACGAGUUCGGGCUCGACAAGAGCGGCUUCCAGUUCGUCAACUGGCCGAGCGCCGAGCGCGAGUUCGACGACGACGAGCGCAUCAAGGCGCAGUACUACCCGAGGCGCAAGCCGGACGCAAACGCCAAGCCCGGCCCGCAGAACCGUGGCCCGUCGUACGAGCGCGUACACAUCGACCAGACGUACACCGCCAGCGUCGAUCGCGUCAAGUACCACCUCCCUGAGGACGCCGACCGCUUGCUCAAGUCGCGCGUCCGGAUCAUCAACGUCUGGCGGCCGAUCCACCACCCCGUCGCGUACAAGCCGCUCGCGGUGUCCGACUGGCGCCACCUCGACGAGAAGGACCUCGUGAAGGUGGACUUCAUCUACCCGAACCGCACCGGGAGCACGUACAGCGUGCGCUACAACGCCGGGCACCAGUGGUGGUACCUCGCCGACCAGACGCCGGAGGAGGUCACGCUCAUCAAGUGCUACGACUCGGAGGAGGACCGGGCUCGGCUCACGCCGCACUCGGCGUUCUGGACGCGGUACCAAGAGAACCUCGAUGUGCUGUAUUUCUGCUGGAACAUGGAUUGA